CAAAACGGAUCCAUUAAAUGCAAGAAGUGUUUGGUUAACAAUGGAUUCGUUUUACUGCAACGAAAGGAUGUGUUUUGCGGGGACUGUCUGUCAGACUAUUGCAGUCAUAAGUUUCGGUCAACAAUUGGCAAAUCAAAGGCCAUUCAUAGCGGAGAGCGAGUGCUCAUCGCCUUCUCGGGAGGCGUUAACUCCUCAGCGAUGGUCCGUAUGAUCACUGAUGGCCUAAAAGAAGUGCAGCACAAGAAGUUGAGAUUUGUUCCCUCUCUCGUUCAUAUCGAUGAAAGCAUUUUAAGUGACGAACCAAUUGAACGAAACGAACCGAUAAUCAAAGAGAUUAGAGAUCUUAUGUUAGACACCAAAUGGCAGUGUUUUGUGUCUUCAUUACACAUGUCUUAUCGCGAAAAUGACACCAAUUUUUAUACCGAUUUAAUCCAACAAUCAGUCGAUAGUCAGUCAGACAAUGAUUGCCGAAAAGCAUUCAUGGAUUCAUUUUCAGGCAUAAAGUCUUUGACUUCGAAACAAGAAUUUGUUAAAAGAAUGCGUAAUCGACUCAUUGCUGACAUCGCAUACAUCGAGAAGUUUGAUAAGAUAUUCUUCGCCAACAAUUCAACUGAUUUAGCCAUCAAUUUGAUGAGUGAUGUGUCGGUCGGGAAAGGCAUUCAAUUGCAAUCGGAAGCGGCUUUUAUUGACGAAAGAAAUGAAACCCCAAUUCUGAGACCAAUGAGAGAAUUGACAGCAAAAGAGAUCACGUUUUAUGUCGUUUACCAAAAGCUUAAUUUCGUUGUGACUAAGAAUUUGGCGACAAAUACUUCACUCAAGUCUAGUAUUCAACGAAUGACUGAAACAUUUCUCAAUGGAUUGCAAUCAGAAUUUCCGGCAACUCUUUUCACAAUCAUUAAAACGGGCGACAAAUUGAAAGUUUCUGACUCUCAAAGUCAUGACAAAUGCAUUGUUUGCAAAACUUCAAUCGACACAACAGAUCGUCCAAAAUGUUCAGCACUUGAAUCGUUGCGUUUGACACAAAACCUAUCAAAUAAUUCAAACUAUGAUAUCAUUGAAGAGUCUAAUAAUAGUGCAAAUAAU